UGUGCGGCUGUGAUCUCAAGUGGCAGGGGCCCGCUGGCCAGGCAUUGUGUUCAAACUUCUUAGGGAAAUGUGAUUCUUCAAUAUUUGAAAAAAAAAUCCUUGUAUGGGUAUUUUGAUUGAGUGUCUUGCCUGAGAAUUGAAAGCAGAAACAUCGGAUGUUCCACUGACGUUUUCGGCUCAGUCUCGCGCUGCUGAGGACUGCGUUUCGAACCAAGGGCAUCACUGGGUUCACACGGACACCCCACCCGACGUUGACCAGUAAAUGCAAGACGGUUUGGCUGCUAGAGAAGGCUAACUACCUACACUCCAAGACCGUAGUUGCAGGCGACAGAGAGCCACACCAACAGGCAACAGAGAGCCACACCAACAGGCAACAGAGAGCCACACCAACAUUCCCGUGUUGCCAGCUAAGAGGGAAAGUGCUUUACAAGUGACCGAGGAUGACCCCAACGCCGAACGUCCGGAAGUCCAGCCAUGGAGACCUGAACUUCGGGAGGGAGAGCUUUCAGCAACGUCCCGUGAACUUCGAAGGCCACGAAGGUCCCCUUCGAACGGGCUUCGAAGGCCACGAGAAAAUCCCCGAAGGCUACCAGAAGUCAGAACCUAGCAGCCGGAUUACAGAGCCGAGCAGCCAAAGAGUCCCCAAUGGAUUGUCAGCAGGGUUGGACUUCAGACAGCGGCCCUCGGGGAUCACAGAUCAGGAAGAGCAGGAGGGCAAGCUAUGGUCCAACGGGUGCGGGGCCGCGGCUGCCACCACCUUCCUCUACAUCUACGGCAACUUGCUGGUGAUGGACCAGAUGCCCGUAGACCCCCGCGUGCAGUCGUGGGCGUUCGUCUCCUCGCCCACGCCCAUCCUCGCUAUCUCCCUGGCGUACAUCGCGGCCGUGACGUGGCUGGGCCCGCGACUAAUGCGCCACCGCGAACCUUUCCGCUCCCUCAAGCCCGUGAUGAUCGUCUACAACGCGUUCCAAGUCGUCUUCUCCGCCUGGAUAUUCUACGAGGCCGGCAUGGGGGGCUGGUUCGGGUCGUACAACAUCCUGUGUCAACCCUGCGACUUCUCAGACAGCCCUCAGGCCAUCAGGAUGGUGCAUGCAGCAUUCUGGUAUAAUUUCUCAAAAUUCGUCGAUUUCAUUGACACGAUAUUUUUCAUCCUGAAUAAGAAAUAUGGUCACAUCUCUCUCCUCCACGUGUCUCACCACGCCCUGAUGCCCAUCGGUGUGUGGUAUGGAGUCCGUCAUGAACCAGGUGGCCAAACGACGUUUUUCGGGUUCCUCAACUGCUUCGUUCACGUGGUGAUGUAUUCGUACUACCUGCUGGCGGCCAUGGGGCCCCGAGUUCGUCCCUUCCUCUGGUGGAAGAAGUACCUCACCACCCUCCAAAUGGUCCAGUUCGUAAUGAUGUUCACCCACGCCGCCCUGACGAUAGUGACUGGGUGUCCGGUGGGGAUUCCUCUCAUGAGAGUCAUACUCGGUCUGGCCGUCAUCUUCCUCAUCCUCUUCCUUGACUUCUACAUUAAAGCCUACAGACACAAGGCCAAGAGAAAGGCUCAAGGCAGCCUGACCUGCAUCCCCAAGCUCUCCAGUGUGUACGGGGAGAGGGAAGACCAACGCCUCGUCGGCCACAUCAACGACUCCAUCGAAAUAUCAAACGCUGCCGUAUUCAACAAGUCCUUCGCCUUCCAGACAACUGCUGGAGACACAGACCAACACAAUGUCAGGAGUCGGCAGCACGCCGACUAAUAUACACAAACUAUUAACUGCCUAGCCAAAAACAAAUAAGUACAUUUAGUGGGGAACUUUAAAACGGUAACAGGGGGGGGGGGGGGGGGGAAGAUAAAAAGACGAGAUUUGUUGUUUCAAGCGCGGGUUGGACAUUUAUAUGAGUGAGAUUGGGUGGUUAUAAAUAGGAGCUGCCUCGUAUGGGCCAAUUGGCCUUCUGCAGUUGCCUUUGUUCUUAUGUUCUUAUGAGAAUUGAGAGGCAAAAGCCAUGAAGUACUGACCAAAAAGGUCAGAAAGGUCUUUUUUUUUGGCCAGAAAGCCAAAACUGACUGGUCUGAAUUGACGUUGACUUUAAAGUAUAUUUUUUCACCAAAGGAAUUUUUUUUUUACAGACUUGCCUGACAUUGCAUAUGCCGAACGUUGGCAAGACUAGAUGAACUAGUCUAAAUAUAUGAGAUCAAUUUUUGUUUAUUGUGGAAGGGAGUACCACCUCUGGCUGGAAGAAGGGGGACCCUUAGCCUCGGAGGAAACCACACAUAACACAUUAGAGGGAAUGUUUAGGUCCCCCUCCAAUACUGUUUCUGUGUGUUUUUCUCCUACCACCCCCACCCCCCUUCCUUUUGUCUUUCGUUGUGCUUUAUUAGAUAUUUGAAGGUUACAAAUUAAAUGAAUUUUUUGAAGGC